AUAAUAAUGAUAACAAUAUAAUUAUAAUAGAAAUAACAAUAACACACAUACAUUUUAGUGAACUGGCAAGACAAGUUACCAGUUGAGAUAGGUCAUACUAAAGAUACCGCGAUAAGCUCUUGCACUUCUGGCAUUAGUUUUAUGGUCAACUCGUUCAAUUGUGUGAUAAAAGGUUGCGUUGCGUAUUUAACAUAUUCAUAUGGGAUAUAAAGUUUAAUCUUCAUACAGAUAACACGGCCAUUGGGCAACCAGAAUCUACAUCAGUUCGUGAGUCGAAAAUGGAUCCCAGUGAGGGGCCCUUAACGGGCGGUGGAAAAUUCACUGCAGAAGUUGAUAUAGAACUCCCACAGUCGAUGGAAAUUGGUUGGGCAACGUUUGGACAUACGGCGGUGAAAGUGAAAGUAGCUAGGGACGGUCUUAGCAUGUUUGGAAAUGAAAUUCCUGGUGGUGACAAGCCAGGACCUGUUUCCGUCAUCUUUACCACACUGUACGGUGAUCCCGUAGCAAAGGGGGUAUAUACUUACAAGGAAAGGAGACCGGAAUAUCCAAAGAAUAAUGUGCAGAAUAAGCACCCUAAACGAACGGUGAACGAUGUUGUCGUGGUUUUGGAGGAGACUAUAAAGCGAAUCAAGAGUUUCAGUAACGAGAGUCAGGGAAGUGAAGAAAGAGCAAGCGAAUAUUAUCAUCAAAUAGAGACACUGUUUCAACUGGUUGAUGGUCUUCAGAGUGUGGUUGAUACUGUGGCUUCAAUCUACUCAUCGGCUAGACCGUACAUCUCUAGGGAAUCCUGGGAGGAGAUAGCCUUGUAUCUUGAAGAAAUAGCCAAAAGACUCCCUGCGGAAGAUGAAACAAUGCCCUUGCUGUCAGCUGGAGAUGUUGGAAAAAACCAAACACAGUCUUUGUCAAAUCAAGUGGCGGAAGAUCAAGCUAUCGAGGAGGAGCAUCUUGGAGAUGCAGAAAUAUCAGAGGAAGAUUCUGAGAGUGAGAGUACCGAUCGUAAAGGUGAUUUGGAAAGAGAUAUCGAUGAAAGGAGUUUAUUAAAAGAUGUGCCAGGUGUUCAGCUACUGCUUGAAGAGGUCUCAAAUUAUCCCAUCUCAGAGUCGGGAUAUUUUGGAGAUGCUGAAAUAUCUGAAGAUUCAGAGGAAGAAAGCAGUGAUAGCGACGUUCAUGUGGAACUAGACACUGAUGAAGGGCUUGAGUGAGCAACUAAUGAAAGA